AUGCAGAGGCGCUGCACAACUUAUCGGAUACUCUUCUUUCCUGCACACGACUGGGCUUUGCGCGACCCCGGCCUGACCGAACGGGGCUUCCAGCAGAGCCGCCAGCUGGGCGCAGCGCUGCAGCAGGCGCUGCCGGGCCGCUUUGACGUGCAGCUGGUGCUGGUCAGUCCGAUGCGCCGAACGCUGCAGACGGCUGUCGAGGCGCUCGACUGGCUCGUCGGCCCAUCAGCUGCGGCAGCCGUGCCCAUCCGGGCGCAUGCCGGCUGGCAGGAAACCACGGAGCACGCGUGUGACAUCGGCUCGGACACGGCAGUGCUGGCGCUCGACUUUCCCGGUGUGGACUUUGCCGAUGUCGAUCCUGUCUUCCCCGACAAGACUUCGCCCCAGGCAAAGGCCUAUGCAUACUCACGACAGGCCCUGGUGACGCGGGCACAGACGGUGCUCGAAGAGCUGCACGGUCGGCCUGAGGACGUCGUGCUCGUGGUGUCGCACUCGGCCUUUCUCAGCCGGGCCGUGGCCGGCGCCAUGUUUGGAAAUGCGGACUACCGGAUAUUCUCGUUUGAGGACAGCGAGACGUCGGCCGACACGACGCCACGGCUGUGUCCACCACCGAUGGCCGUGCCCGGAUUGCCGCCUCUGCGAUAUCGACUGCGCGAGUGGGACGAGACACGGCAGAGCCACGGUGGCAUGGGAUGGAGCUACGACACGGUGCGGGCGAUUGGUGAGGGGCUGCCUGAUCGAGGAUGA